CUUAGGCACAACGGCAUCUGGCGAUGUCUGCCCAAAGCAAAACUGACCACCCUCCCUUCAUAACACCGCCGCAAGGAACAUCCCAGGCGCUCAGCAAUCAUAGAACUAUCCUCAACAUCAGAAACAAAGUCGCUGCAUCUGUCCCGCACGAAGCAAAACCCACGAUGACAAUGACAAGUCCCCACCUCAAGACACUCAAAUCCAACGUCCCAAGCGAGUACGCCACUUCCUCCAGGGUGCGGCAGUGGCUGCUCGAGCACCUCCAGAACCGCAACGUCCAACUAAAAGACGGGCCCAAAACCUUCGUCUGUCAGUGGAAUGGCGCCGAGCUUCACUCGCUGCACCCAAAUCACAUCUUCGGCUCCCUCAUCUCCCAGGGUGUCGCCUCAGAAACAGCUCACCAUGUUGUUGGCGACAUAAUGGAGUGUCUCCAGGACUAUCGGAAUAGACGCGCGGCCUGUGUGGCGGCCGGCCAAGUAUGGUUUCCCGAUCCGGAGCCGGAGUCGCAGCCAAGUCCGAAACAGAGUCCCAGCCAGGAGCAGCACCAGCGUCUACUCCGCGAAGAUUGCGAAUCACUUUUAGAGCAGCCCGAUUCUUCUCAAAGCUGGUAUUCCUCAUUAACCGGUGCUAAGGGGGGGUUCCUCGCUGCCGGGCUCUCCCUUGCUGUUGGACUCGGUGUCAUGACGUGGUGGUUGGUCAGCCCCCCGGCUCGGAAAGAGGUAGAUAAAUAGCAUGUGAAACUGCUUUAGGCAUGAUUAGGAGGGAAUAACUCAAGCGAAUCAAUCUUUUCCAGAGCUAUGAGUGUUUAUGGAAAUAUCUCACCCUCUCCUUCAACUUGGAGAGUUAAGGAAGCAAUGAAACAUAAUGUGCGCAAUA